AUGGGUGAUUCAAAGACAGGGAAUGCAACCUACAGAUGUAUAUUUCAAGAAGACUUCAAGUACAUCCUUUUGCCCGUGGCCUAUUCAGUAGUGUUUGUGUUUGGCUUCAUCCUCAACAUCAUCGCCUUGUACAUUUUCAUCUUCCAGAUUCGGCCAUGGAAGGUGGUCACACUUUUUAUGUUCAACUUGGCUCUGUCAGACCUCCUCUACGUCUUAUCUCUUCCACUGCUGGCCUACUAUUACUCCAAAGCCAAUGACUGGCCCUUCUCUGAGCCGCUCUGCAAGAUAGUCCGUUUCCUCUUCUACACCAGCCUGUACUGCAGUAUCCUCUUCCUUCUCUGCAUCAGUUUUUACCGUUUUCUGGCAGUGUGUUACCCCAUACACUUUCUACAAUGGGGUCAUAUUCGAUAUGCACGGAUCACCUCUAUUACAAUUUGGGUGGUCAUUAUUGGCAUUCAGUCACCAAUACUGUAUUUUGUGUCCACCAGCCAUAUGGAUGACAGCACUAUCUGCCACGACACAGCAAGCAUUGAACUCUUUGAUCAGUUUGUUGUUUACAAUACGGUGACCUUAGUUUUCCUCUUUUGUGUCCCCUUAACGGUCCUCCUUGCUUGCAACAGUUUCAUGAUUUAUGUGCUUGUAACGCCAACUGUGCCUGCCACACAGGCAUCAAAAUCCAAGAGGAAGUCAGUUAAAAUGAUUAUGACGGUCCUUGUGGUUUUCAUCACCUGCUUUUUGCCAUACCAUGUAACCCGUACACUCUACUAUUACUACCGAAAGGUGGACACUGCCCCUUGUCCUACUUUAGAUGCCGUUAAUGCAGCCUACAAAUCCACACGACCUUUCGCCAGCCUCAAUAGCUGCAUUGACCCGGUGUUGUACUUUUUGGUUUGGAGGUUCCGCUUAGUCAGGAAUAGAAGGAGGAAUAUGACAGAAAGAGAAAGUUGA